AUGGAACGAAAAGAGGGGGAAAGUAAGGAGAAUAAUGAAGAUAAUGAUGAUGAGGAUAUGGAGGAGCAAAAAGAAGAAGAAGAAAAACAAAAAGAUGAAGAAAUUAAAAUUGAGAAACAAAAAAAUGAAGAGAAAGCACUCAAACAAUAUUAUGAAAAUUUAAUAGAUAAAUUGUUGUUUAAAGCAUUUACUGAUAAAAGCCCUGGAGCUAUAGAUGAAUUUAAAAAAAGAAUUUACGAAGUUUCUAAUUCUGGUUCAAAUGUUGAUUCACUCCCGCCGCCGAAUAGCUAUAGACUAAACAAAGACGAUUCUACGAAUUCAAGUUCUUUAUUGACAACAAAUAUGCCCUUUUAUGUUGAUGUAUUUUUGGGAAAAGAAUUAGAAUCGAGAGAUAUUUUGAUAAAAAACAUUUUAAAUAAAAAUUUCAUUUCAAAAUUAAGUAAAAAGUUGAGUUGGAAAGGAAAAAAAGGAAAUGAGAAAAUUUUGCAAAUCGAGAAAAUUGGGAGUUUUUACUCGAUAAAACAUGAAAUAAUUGAUGAAAAAAUAAAUAUAAAAUCAGUUGAAGAAUUAUUUAAAUAUAAUGAUUGGCUAUUAUCUGGAAAAACAUGGCCAUCUAAAAUGACAAAUUUGGCAAUAUCAAUUGACAAAAAAUGUGAAAAUAUUGGAGAAAUCAAAGGAAGUGGAGAAAAUGCUUUGUGUAUUAUUGUUAGACUUUUUGCCUUUUGUUUGGCUAUUGAUAACCAAUUCAGAAGUAAUGAAGGGAAAUUAUUGAAAUAUUUUAGAAAUAUGGAUGUUUUGUAUGUUGAAUGGAUUAGAGAAUCGACAAAUUCAAUUUUAAAUUAUUUUAAUUUUAAAGAAAUUGAAAAAGUAAUUGAAACUUUAAUUGAAGAAUAUAAUCAAUUUUUUGAAAUUGUUGAAGAGAAUCCGUAUAUAAAUGUUUGUUUUUUUAAAUUAAUUAAAAAAAUAUAG